GAGAGGAGGGAAGGGUUAUUGCAGCUUUUUUUUGCUUAGUCAGUCUCGCUGGGAAGACAGAAAGUGCUUGUUGCAAAUUGUUGCUGGAGGAGCAUUGCACAUUAAAAAAAAAUGCCUCACCCUGUGACUCUGUACGGACCUUCACCAUGGGGCUUUAGAUUAGUAGGAGGCAAGGAUUAUAGCCAGCCCUUAACAAUAUCGCGGGUUACUCCUGGAAGUAAAGCCUCCUCAGCAAACCUGUGCCCCGGAGAUAUCAUUGUAGCUAUCAACGAUGACAGCACGGAGAAUAUGAGCCAUCUGGAUGCCCAAAACAAGAUCAAGGCAUGUAUGGACCAGCUUACACUUUCUAUAAACAGGAAUGAAAACAAGCCCUGGUCCCCGAAUGGUAUUGAAGAUGGAAGCACUCGGCCUUUCGAAAACUCUCUCCAAGCACAGCCGCAGGAAUGCAGAGCAACUGGGAGUCCAACUAGCAGGAAGCCGGCGCCAUUCACAAUGAGCACAAACGUGAAUGAGGGCAGACAGCUUGCUAACGCACAGUAUAACACACCUGCCGCACUCUACACCAAUGACAACAUUGACCACUCCUUACCGGAGCAGUUAAGUGGCCUUCACGUUGCCUCUCCACACAUUGAAUCUCCAAAAUUAUCACCCAAAUUAUGGAAUGAGGUAGACACUGAAUCGGAUGUUUAUAAGAUGCUCCGUGAUGGUGAGGAACCCCCUUCAGAACCCAAACAGUCGGGAUCUUUCAAAAUGUUGCAGGGAAUGCUGGAGGCUGAACAGACAGGUGAGAGAAGUGAAAGGCCGACUGCCAUCAAGAGCAUCAAAUCUCCGGUCACAAAAUUCAGCAAUGCUCCUCCCACACUGCAGAGGUUACCACAUUGUACCAGAUGCGAGACUGCCAUAGUGGGCGCUGUUAUUAAGGCACGGGAGAAGAUAUAUCAUCCCGCUUGCUUCAUGUGUUCUGACUGUGGAUUAAAUCUGAAGCAGAAAGGAUAUUUCUUCAUCGAAGAGCAGCUAUAUUGUGAGACCCAUGCAAAAGCGAGGGUUCAGCCACCUGAAGGAUACGAGGUGGUAGCUGUGUAUCCCAACUCCAGGGUGUAAAGUCUCUUCUUUGUGCGUCCUUGCUCUAACAUCUGGAUUCUGACUCAUUUGUGCCAUAAUUUAAAUCUGUGUUAGUACUGCGAGAAUGGGCAGAAUCAGAAUGACCAUUCAUCCAGAAUUGAUGUUGAUAACUUUGUCAAAUGUUUACCAGGCAUUUUUAGACAAUGGUCAUUAAGUUAACUUGCAAUUGAUUUAUGUUUUAUUGCAUUUGGAUUUGGGUUUUCUUGCGUUCUAAGACCUCUGCUACAAUCAUGUAUUUCCUUAUCCGUUGCCAGUGUUCAAUUACGGACCUAGUACUAAAAGAGGCUAUUCUAUUCUGGAAGGGAUCACGGCUGAAGUGUCUUUCCAUUAGCGCUAGAGAGGAGAGGUGAAAUUCAGUGUCUGGCAAUAACUUGCGAAACCUGCGAAGAGCUGUUGCCUUUCUUAAUGUGUGGGAGGGAACUGCAGAUGCAAGUUUACACUGAAGAUAGACACAUACUGCUGGAGUAACUCAGCGGGACAGGCAGCCUGGCCCGCUGAGUUACUCCAGCAUUUCAGCAUCCCAAAUCUAACAUAGUUACCACCAGAAAAACACAACAGCAGAUUAAUAAUCGCACUUGGGUCACGAUCAAAUUGUCUGCAUCUUUUUCACAAAAGCUACCGAGUGAGAAAUCCGGUCAAGUUUAUAUAUUUUUUAAUAUUGAAACCAAAACACAUGUCACAGGAACUUCUUAAAGUUACUACUUUCUUUUCUUUCAGAAUGUUAACCAAACAAGUGUCUUCCUGUUGGCUUUUAAGAGCACAGUAACUUAAACAGAAAAAUUCUAAUUACAUUUGAAACCAAAAUGUAAGAAUCUUUUCUGAAUGCACUUCUAGAUCUUUCAGAUUAACGAUAGAUGGAUAAAAAGAGUAAAUACUGCUUAGAAAAAAGAUUACCAGCUGUUCUUGGUAGGAGUUUGGAUGUUUACCUUUCCAGAUUAUUAGUGGAUUUUAUGUCAAACUAAAAGCUAACACUCGCUGCCUUGUUUCAAAUGAUCAGCACUGCUUUCCGAAAGGAACUAAUCACAUUGAUGGUUUCCAGAUAACAAUGCAUUCCUGCUCCGUUUCAGAAUGGAUUUUUGUCCACUGUAAUAAUAUUGUUUUCUACACACCUUUGUCUUAAUUGUGAUUGACCAUGCCAUUAGAUAGAUUUUAAAAUAACACGUAUAUUGCAACUUUAAUAAAACCCACUGCUUUCCUCCAAACUUA